UUUAUUUCACUCUGUUCAGUGCGGUAUCAUCGAAUCGAAGGCAAAGUCGUUGUUCGUUGGCCAAGUUUUAAAGUUAGCUUCUGAACGUGAGCAAAAUCUGUUUCAUAUUGUUAGUGUUUCCUGUAUCGGAUCUUGUAUAUAAACUCCGAGAGUUGUGUACCUUAACUACGAAUUUGUAUAUACGACUCUUCAUAACAAUAUUUGUGUACAAGAUUAGCCAGUGUUAAAUGUUUGUGACUCAAUAACAAAGGCAGAAUUGUUACGCCCAAAAGCAAUAAAUGCUCAAAUCAUGAACGAUCAAGACUUAGAGCUUCAUUCGACUAAUCAGCAGCCUGCUAUUGUUCACCAGUCCAUCACCUCGCAUCUAGACUCUUUGCACCUUCAUCCGGCUAACCAUGUGCAGGCAGAUAGCACCAAUUCUAUUGCUGAAACUGAUAGCAAACCUGUCGUUAGUUCUGAUAAGAAGUCGGGCAGUAGACGGCAAGAUAAACCGCCAUAUUCUUAUAUCGCCUUGAUCGUUAUGGCCAUCCAACAUUCUCCGACCAAGAGACUAACUCUCAGUGAAAUUUAUUCGUUUUUACAACAGAGGUUUUCAUUCUUCCGUGGUUCCUAUCAAGGUUGGAAAAACUCGGUUAGACAUAACUUAUCGUUGAAUGAGUGUUUUAUAAAGUUGCCGAAGGCUUUAGGCAGGCCUGGUAAAGGGCAUUACUGGACUAUCGAUCCUGCAAGUGAGUUCAUGUUCGAGGAAGGGUCUUUCAGGAGAAGACCAAGGGGUUUUAGGAGAAAAUGUCAGGCUAUGAAACCUCAGUGCCAUCCUGGACCUUAUUACAGUGACAAACUUGGAGGGUCAUACACGAGGUUAUUUCAUACAAAUAGGGACAACACAGUUAUGAGAAUGACUCAAAAGGGCUUUUCAGAGGAUCAAGAAAUGCUCAACCAAACUAGCGAAUACGACACCCAAACACUGUUACAUCCCCAAGAAUAUCCAACCUGCACUUACAAUUCUCCUUCUACCAUACAACUUCCUUUUUCACAUUACCCAAAUUACGAACAUAGAAACUACGAGGCCUACCAGCAACAGUGUGAAAGGGAUUGGAACAUAUCUUCAAACAUGCUACCCUCUCACCUGGAAACACCACCGGCAAUGUCCUAUCCAAAAACAGAACCCACCAACAAUAUGGAAAAUCCGAACACAACGACGGUACAACCAUCCAUCCAAGACGUAUACAGUUAUCAAUAUUCUGGAAUAUAUUCACAAAACGAUAAUGUGAUUCACCGACUUCACUAACCAAUGGAUGACCUACUCAAAGUACCAAAGCGAUAUUAUUUAGAAUUUAUUUAAUUUACAUUAGAAUUUAUAUUAUAUUCACUCUUUUUAUUAUUUUUUUUUUCUGAAUCCUGGCUCAUUUGAAUCUCUCAAAUGUUCUACCAAAUGAAAUUCAAGCAAUUAAACAUUGUAAUAUAUUUGUAAAUAUUGUAUAUAAGGAAUAUCCAGUUUAUCCAGGUAUUAUAAGCUCUUUGUGAUUUCUAACAUUUAUCAGUGUAACCAAAAGAAUACUUAAUAAAUUCAUUCAACACUA